AUGUCCCUCCCCAAGACCUAUAAAGCUACAUCUUUCGAUGAGAGUGGCUCAAAGCUGACCCUCAAAGAAGUCGAACUUCAACAGCCUGGCCCAGGCUUCAUCUUGGCCAAAGUUCUCGCAUGCGGCAUCUGUCACUCUGAUUCCUGGGUGCAACAAGGUCGCUUUGGAGAUUUAUUUCCUCGUGUACCGGGUCAUGAACUCGUUGGAGAUGUCGUUGCUGUCGGUGAUGGCGUGGCCAAUUUCAAGGUGGGCGAGCGUGUUGGUGGUGCCUGGCAUGGCGGCCACGAUGGCACAUGCCGUUCCUGUCAAACUGGAUCAUUCCAACUUUGUGACAACGGUGCUAUCAACGGCGUGACCAUGGAUGGUGGCUACGCCGAAUACGUCCUUCUUCACGCCGAAGCUGCCGUCCGAAUCCCCUCCGACGCAGACCCUGCGGAAGUCGCCCCUCUCCUCUGCGCUGGAGUGACCGUCUUCAAUGCCAUUCGUAGGAUCGGGGUCCUCCAAGGUGGUCUGGUAGCUGUCCAAGGUCUAGGCGGACUGGGUCAUCUGGCGCUUCAGUACGCCUCCAAGAUGGGAUACACCGUCGUUGCCAUGAGCGCUGGGAGCGAGAAAAAGGACUUUGCGAUGAAGUUGGGCGCCCAUCAUUACAUCGACUCCAGCAAAGAAGAUCUCUGCGAGGCGCUGCAGAAGCUUGGAGGGGCUAACAUGAUCCUGUCAACGGCCCCGAAUGCAGAGGCAGUCAGUCCUCUCACAGGGGCCCUUGCGGCUCUUGGUAAGCUGGUCGUCCUCUCACCUCUUGGACCGGUUGAGUUUAAUACGGUUCACAUGAUCAUGAAGAAUCUCAGUGUGCAUGGAUGGAACACGGGACAUCAGCAGGAUUCGGAGGAUGCUAUCGCAUUUGCGCAUACGCAUGGCAUCAAGUGUAUCAUUGAGAAGUUUGACUUUGCGACUCAGCACCGAGAGGCCUUUGAGAAGAUGGAGAGUGGAAACGUUCGCUUCAGGUCUGUUAUGACUAUGUAG